AUGGCGCUUAUCAGUCAGAGCUUCGCGGAACGCUACGCAGAGCUUGUCGCGCGCGUGCCGACCCAUACGGAGCUGCUGCUUGAUGUGCAGCGGCGCGAGGUAGGCGAACGCAAGGCGCUGGAGGAGAUGUGCCAGGUGGCAUUCCAGGAUGUGCUUCACGUUGCGGGGGUGAUGAUCGCCGACAAAAAGGCGCUUGGGAGGGGUGCACUGGCUCACCGAAACCGCUUCGAGGUGGCACUCUACAAAAAGCAGACGGCCGUCUGGUUCCAGGCGGCACCACCGCGGAAGGUUGCCCUGCCCACCACACGCCCACUUCACGGCUUUCCACACGCUGCCUUCGCGGAGCUGUGUCAAGAGGAGCGGGAGCUGCGGCAGUGGCACUACGGCGUCGAGCGCCGCCUCCGUGAGCACAUCGAGGAAGCGUGCGGCCGUGCGUGGUUCUUCCUCAACGUCAUCAACGAGACGGCCAGGAGUGAGAGCUUGUCUCGGCAGCGACUGCAACACGAGGAGGACGAGGACUUUACUGCCAUCAAGCAGAGCUUCUUCCGCGCGGUGCCGGCCGACUAUUACCGCAACGUCGUGAUUGCGCGCUAUGGGCAGACGAUCUCGGCGAUCGAGCAGGCGAAGGACUUGACUUUUGAGGAGUUGGAAGAAAAGGUGCGUGCGGCGCUGAUGGAAGAGGAGGAGGCUUCGUGGAGGUCUGCGUAUCAGUAUCUGCAGGACAUGUAUGAUGCCCAGCUCUUUGCGCUGAACCACCGCGAGGUCCUUGGACGCUACGAGCUGGAAGAGGAGGAGCGCAACACGCUCUUUCCGCUUAUCUUGCAGUGCUGCCGCGAAGACUUCGGCAUUGUGUUUUACCAUAUUCCUGCACUGGCGCUGCAUUUCAACUCCUCGCAGCCGUGCUUGCGUGCGCUCUGCGUUGCCCAGCUGCAGGAGGCGCCGAGGCGGAUGGCGGCGACUAGGUCGCGCUUCUCCUGGAUACCUGCCUUUGAUCUCGCCGGCAUGGCCAGCGAACUCGGCUUGGAGGAAGAUGGGGACGAGAUUGAGGACAGUGCGGAAGGAGAGACGCAGGAGGCGGAGGGCAGUACGGACGGCGGCGACGACUCGCACAAUGCACUGCCACCGCCAGUGGACGACAUGCCGCCCAUCAACACAGCCUCAACGAUGGUGUUCGAGCCGGAGGUUGGCAGCUCAGAGGUGCCUGAGCCGGAGACAAAGCGCGAGGAAGCGGAGGUGGACACAUCACAGUCGGCGGUUGUUGCGUUGGCCCAGCGCACUCACGAAGAGUCGGUUCUGGCCACAGAGAUGGAAGAGCACGUACCCGUCAGCUGCGCGGGCGAAGAGAACGAGUGA